AUGGCCGGUCGUGGGGGAGGUGGUGGAGGAUGGCGAGGUGGUCGUGGAGGAGGCGGUGGGGGCGGCUUCGGCAGAGGACGGAGUGGGCUGGAUAUGCCCGAUGACCUGGAGGUCCAAUACAAAGAGACGCCGCUUUUUCCUGACUACCAACCAAAUCCUUUUACUGAAAUGAGUAAGGACGAGGAGCGGCUGAUGGAGGGAUGGAAACUGUUCAUGGAUACGUGCAAAGACUUGCCAUACUACAUCGACGUUGCACCACCAAAACAAGACAUAGAACGGUAUUCAGACCGCUUCAAAAAGCCACAAAAAGCCGGCCGCAAAACAUUCGCCACAGUCCCCACCGACCUCUCCUUUUUUCCGGACGAGCUGCAUAGCGUCAAGGAUGCGUCUAAAGCACCGCGAGCGGCCAAAUUGGUGAAGAAGGAUAUUGAUUUGAGCAAAUUGGAUGCGCUGGAGAAGGAGGAGGGGGCUGGUGGGAAGGUGCAGGCCGCAGGAGAAGACGACGAUGACGAUGAGUUGCCAGCAGAAGAGAUCGACGAGGAUCUCGAGGAAGACGAUAACGACUACAUUAUUGAUCAUUAUGACGACGAGUACGACGAUUUGGAUGGGGGUGGUGGCAGUGGACAGGAGGAUUACUCAUAG